CUUAUGUGCGGAAGAGCAGAAAACAGUAGGCUACCGACCUUGGACUUCAGUUAGGAUACCAGCCUCGGAUUACUUUCGCUUUCUGUCAUGCGAGUAUUCUGCAAAACACACUCGCAACAUGACAUCAAACCUUCAAAUCAGUUCCAAUUAUUGCCAGCUGGACGAAAUCCCAUCUGAAAACAAACACGCAAGAGGACAGUACAUAUUCAUCUUGGUUCUGACUUUAUUAUUAGGCACGGAAAUGUUUGUCACGGCUUAUGUUUUGUUUAAUUUUUGGGAGGAUAUUCAGAGAACAGAUGAAGCAGUCGGAGAGGGAGGAUAUCCAGUCCACUGUCUUUCCUCAGAUCUAACCCAAACAACAGGUCGACAGAUCUCAAGUUGUGACUUGUUUAAUGAAGAACUGAAACGAAGUGCACAACAGAGAUUGCUAUUGGACAUACAGAAUUCUCUACUGGAGGCUUUAGGGGAACACAACAUCACCGAUGUUUUUAAACCAGCCGUGCACGUCGGAGCAAAACAAGAACUUAAGCAGUUUCAGGGGCCGCAAACUGAUGGUUCUGCAGACGUGGUUUCUACACUGCAUCGUAUUCAGUGGGACAACACGAGGGGUCAAAUCAGCCAGGAGGGCUUAAUGCGCCUCAGCCCCAGUGGAGAAAUAGCAGUGCCACAAGACGGAAUUUACUUCGUUUUCUCUCAGGUUAAUUUCGAAACACACAUAGGAAAUGCUUUGCAUUUUACGCAGUACUUAUACAAGAGGACAGCGUCCUAUACGUGGCCAGUGAUGCUCGCAAAAGCCGUGGUUACCCCUUGCAUGAGCGGCAGGCCAGGUGUACAGCUUUAUUCCAGUCACCAGGGGGCGCUGUUUCGCUUGGAAAAGGGUGAUAGGCUUUCCCUGUACGUGUCAAACAUAAGCGCCGUGCGCUUUCCUCUCGAGGCAACUUACUUUGGGGCAUUUAUGAUAAACUAACAAGACCGCUUGCUAUUCACACAAAUUAUACAUGUAUGAAUU